UAAAACUGUGACCGACCCGAUCCAAAAUUCUGGCAGGACGAUGAUGAGGCGGACCACGGCGUUGCUGUUGCGCCACGCCGUCGGCGGGAUCCCGCAGGCGCUCGCCGACGUGCUCGUCUGCCCCCUGUCCAAGAAGCCUCUCAGGUACUGCGAGGUCAGCGGCUCUCUGGUCAGCGACGCCGGCCGCAUGUCCUUCCCGAUAGCAGAUGGAAUUCCUUGUCUACUUCCGAAAGACGGGAAGUUGCUCGAGGACCACCCGAGGGAAUCAGGAUAUGAAACCAGCUCUAGGGAUUCCUCUGAUUGAAUCUACGUUGUUGUACAAGCCGACAGAGUCAUUCUGUAUUAAAAUGUAAUUGAGAUGGAAGCAAGAGUAUGUGCUGUACUCAAACUUUUUGUUAUCGCCGUAUAUCAUCGUCACGGUUGAUGUGUACUGACUAUUUCGCACAAUGGAAAUAAAAUUAGGAUCGUGAUAACGUA